UGAUAAACGAGUUUCCCUCCACAUAUAUCAUCGUCAUUCUCUCUACCCUCCUUUACAUCCUUCUUCUUCUUCUUCCCUUCAUACCACAAAACAAACACACUAAUUAAAAAUAAGAAUGGAGCAGUGUUGGGAGAACUGGCCUCUACACACGGAAAUAGAGCACCAUGAUCAUGGAGAUUUCUUCUUAUCAUUGGAGCAGUGCCAGAAGCCACCUGAUGAUGAUGACGAUUUCCUCAGAGAAAUCCUGCAGAUGCCACCGGAUUUUAUUGACAAUCAUUCUACUGUGGAUCUCGUCACCACCGGCACGGCGAAGAGCGCGGAGGGAAAAAGGCCCCGAACAUUCAUUCUCUCCUUCGAUAACUCAACCAUAAUACCUGCCAUGGCAGAGCAACAACAACCGCUGGGGGUGGGUGCGGGUGCGGGUUCGGGUGCUGCCACUACCACCCCUUCGCCCUCCUUAUCAAAGAAACGGAACCUUCCUCAGAAGCCGCAGCAAGCAAGGAUCCCCGUCCCUCACUCCCAGCCAGGAGCAGCAAACAGGAGUCGAAACGACUCUCAGAUUGUGGAUCACAUCAUGGCUGAGAGAAAAAGAAGACAGCAACUCACCCAGAUGUUCAUAGCACUCUCCGCCACUAUUCCUGGCUUGAAGAAGACGGACAAGGCUUCUAUACUUGGGGAAGCCAUUAAUUACGUGAAACAGCUUCAAGAACGUGUGAGGGAGCUGGAAAAGCGGAACAAUGAUAAUAAGAGGGGCCCAACAGAGCCAGUAAUAUUCCUCAACAAGACUCAGCUGCUGUGUCGGAACAACGAAGACAGCACCAGCGAGGAAGACGAGGAGGAAGUGGAGGAUUGGCGUAGCAAGGAGGAAAAACAAGUGCUGCCAGAUGUUGAAGCAAGAAUGCUGGAGAAGGAGAAGGAGGUGCUGAUUGAGAUCCACUGCGAGAAAGAGAAUGGAAUUGAGGUGAAGAUAUUGGAGCAGCUUGAAAAUCUUCAUCUGAGUGUGACCGGCAGCAGCGUUUUGCCAUUUGGGAAUUCGACUCUGGGUAUUACCAUCAUUGCCAAGAUGGGAGAUGCUUACACCAUGACACUCCAUGAUCUCCUCACAAAUUUACGCCAACUGCUAUUGAUCAACAACACUACUGAUCCGUACUAGUGUAUCAUCAAACCCUGCAACUUGUAUCUGCUGCAUCCCCAUGCGUGUUUUUCUUUUUAAAUUAGGUAAAAACUCAGGUACACUAAACUUCACGUAAAGUUUAUAACUGAGAGUUGUUAGAUGAUUUGAUUUAUUUGAUUAAAUUUUCAUCUAAUGACUCUCAGUUAUCAACUUCACGUAAGGUCGAUUGCACGUGAGUUUUCACCUUUAAAUUAUUGUAUCAGUACAAUAAACCCUUAAUUUGUCAAAUAAAAUCACCAUAAGUACGUACCAUGUUUAUUUUCUCAUCAUGCCGUUCAA